GACGUCAUGACCUCCACUCUCUCUGGCUAUAGGGCAUUGACAAUAUCAAUCAAACUAACAAGAUUUUCAGGACAGACAGAAAACUUUGUUGUUCAUUAAAAGUACUACAGCGAAAUAACUGAUAUUCAAGACGAAAAUGUCAGAUUCUUUUCUAGUAGUUGCUAUAGACUUUGGUACAGCGUUCAGCGGGUAUUGCUUCUGUGUAAAGUCGUGUAUGGAUAAUAUCAGGUCUGUAUUUUGGGGCAUGGAGCAAGGACACAGGUCCCCUAAAACACCAACCUGUAUUCUGUUUAAUGAAGAGAAACGUUUCAUGAAGUUUGGUUAUGAUGCAGUGCAGACUUAUAACAGGAUGACUUCAAAGGAUGCCUUACGUUUCUGUUUUUUUGAAAAUUUCAAGAUGGAAUUGUACAAUAAGACAAUCAACAAAAAUAUUAUGAUCUGUGCAAAAAAUGGAGAGCCUUUUCCUGCCCUGAAAGUGUUCACAGAAAGCCUGCGCUACCUGAAGGAUCACGCCUUGGGCACCAUUAGAGAUUCAACCGAUGGGAAGAAGUUCAUUGCCUCGGAUGUGACCUGGGUGCUGACAGUACCGGCUAUCUGGGACUCUGCAGCCAAACAGUUCAUGAGGCUGGCUGCCACAGAGGCAGGACUGGUAGAGGAGAUGGGUUCAGAGAACCUGGUUCUGGCCCUGGAGCCUGAGGCUGCUUCAGUGUGGUGCAAACAGCUGCCCAGCACUGGCUUUGUACAAGAAGGAAAAGAUCAAGAAAAACUAGAACAGAGUCCAGGAACACAGUAUAUUGUUGUUGAUUGUGGAGGUGGAACAGUAGACAUCACUGUGCAUGAGGUCCUGGAAGGUGGGUCCCUGAAAGAGCUGCAGAAAGCAUCAGGAGGGGGGUGGGGAGGGUCGUCUGUAGACAAAGAAUUCAGAAGCUUCCUCAGGGACAUUUUCCACCCAGAUGUGUGGGACAGGUAUGAGAAGGAACAUCCUGCAGAACUUCAAAAAAUGAUGUACAACUUUUCCUUUCAAAAAUGUGUUGGAAAGGAAGAGGAUAUAUACAUUUCAUGUCACUACAAUUUGAGCAAAUUAGCACAAGACAAACAGGAUGAUAUAUCUUGCUUUUUUAAAAAGGUAGAUGGAGCCUCUUGGUCAGAUGGAUCUAUCAAAAUUACAUACAACAAACUCAAGACGCUUUUUAAAUCCAGUGUAAACCAUAUAGUUAAGGCAAUCAAGCCUAUCCUGUCCACUCCAGAGAUUAGUAUAGACUACAUCUUGCUUGUUGGCGGGUACGCAUCAAGCAGGUUACUACGAGAUGAAAUCCGAAAAAAGUUCAGUAGCAGGUGCCGUGUCCUGUGCCCCUAUGAUUCACAGCUAGCCAUUGCUAAAGGAGCAAUUUUGUUUGGAAAUGACCCCAAAAUAAUCGCAUCUAGAGUCAGUGCGCUGACAUAUGGCAUUGCUAUAUGUAGGCCGUUUGAUCCUUCAGUCCAUGAUCCUAGAAAGCGGAGAGUGAAUAAAGCGGGUGAUUAUGUUUACUGUGAUGAUCUUUUUGAAAAACUGGUGGAAAAGGGUCAAUCUGUGGGCUGUCAGCAAGUUGCUGAGUAUUUCUAUUCACCAAUUGACCAGGAUCAAAACGCAAUGUGCUUCAGAUUUUUCAGUACAGAGAAGCUGAAUGCCAUGUACGUGGACGAGUCUGGAUUGGAGGAAAUCGGGUCCUUUACUGUGCCCAUGCCAAAUGUCAGGCUGGGAAGGAACCGGAGAGUUAGACUGGAUAUCAAAUUUGGUUUAACUGAAAUACAAGCAACAGCAACUGACUUGACAUCCAACGAGACUCAAGCAAUCAGGCUAAACUUUUUUACAGAAUAAUGUAACACUGCAGUAUUUCUGCCUGCUUUGAAGGUACUAGAGUGUGAUACUCUUUCGAUAGUUACCUUUUACAUCCUACUUAAAAAUGAAUGUAUAAGAACAAUGUAAAAUGGUAAUUUAUGUUUCCUCAGUAAUAAAGUAUACAUUUUAGGUUGGAAACAGUUUUCCUCCAUGAAGAUGGUUGAUGUUACAUCUGUUUAGUCAUAUCAUCCAUUUGAAUGAGUAACAUUUGUUUGGAGAUGUCUUUGUAUUUUUUUUUAUUUGAAAACUUAAUAGCAGGGAGUGGUAUACAUUUUUCUGUUCCUGACAUAAACGACAAUCAGUAAU